ACACCGUGCUUCACCUUGGGCUCAAGAGUGAAAUUCGAGUCUCGCCCAGCGUGAAAUUUGCGGGGCAGAGUGGAGUGACCAUGGGACUCUCCGGUGAGGUGCAGAGUGAUGGCCUUUCGCUGGAAGAUGACUUGUACAUGCGUCUGAAGGACUUAAAACGCCGCCUGGCAGAAGAGUACAUCAAGGACGAGAUGAAGAACUUGAAGCGUGAGAUGAUUCGAGCGCAAGAAGAAAUCAAGCGAGUGCAAUCGGUGCCCUUGGUCAUAGGCCAGUUCUCGGAGAUGAUCGAUCAGAGUCACGGCAUCGUGUCUUCCACAGCGGGCUCCAACUACUUCGUUGCGUGGCCGCGUGGCCGUGGGAUGUGGCCCUGGCUCCGACCAUCCAAGCGGGGCAGAGUUCGGAUCCUGAGCACCUUAAAUCGGGAACUCUUGCGCCUUGGCGCAGAGGCUGUGGUAGACAUUUUGCCACCCGAAGCAGACAGCACGGUGCAGAGUAUGGCCAUGUCCGAGAAGCCAGAUGUGACCUAUGCCGACAUCGGUGGUAUGGCCACCUGGAGAAAAAAACCUCGAAAAGUGGACAUUCAGAAGCAGGAGAUUAAGGAAGCGGUGGAGUUGCCGCUGACGCACAAGGAACUCUACGCGCAGAUCGGCAUCGACCCGCCCAGCGGUGUGCUGCUCUAUGGCCCGCCGGGCACGGGGAAGACGAUGUUGGCCAAGGCCGUGGCCAACAUGACCACGGCCACCUUCAUUCGAAUGGUGGGCUCUGAGUUUGUUCAGAAGUACCUGGGCGAAGGACCAAGGAUGGUCCGGGACGUGUUCCGCUUAGCUCGUGAGAAUGCCCCCUCCAUCGUCUUCAUUGACGAGAUCGACGCGAUUGGAACGAAGCGCUUUGACUCACAGACGGGAGCAGACCGAGAAGUGCAGAGAAUUUUGUUGGAGUUGUUGAACCAGAUGGUCUGCGAAGAUAUCAAUUUUUUGAGUUGCGUCAUGACCAGGCACACCAAAAUGGCUGAAUUUGAAGCUUUAUUAGGUCCUGACAAGCUUUCAACUGACUAUAUUUUCAUUGAUGGUUUCGACCAAGAUACCACGGUGAAAGUGAUCAUGGCUACGACGCGUGAUCGAAGUGAUACCACAAAGGGGCCCUUUGUGGGGUGGAUAUCGCCGGACAACUAUAGUCCUAUGAGGAAUCGUCACGACACGCUGGAUCCGGCGCUACUUCGUCCAGGGCGCUUGGACCGGAAGAUCGAGUUCCCGUUGCCGGAUCGGCGUGGCCAGGCGUUGAUGGCAUGGCAACUGGAAGUCCAUGGGAAAAUCAUAGGUCAGAAGCGGUUGAUCUUCCAGACCAUCACAUCCAAGAUGAAUCUGAGCGAGGUGGAACUGUUGGAGGUUGAUCUGGAGGACUAUGUGUCGCGACCCGAGAAGAUUAGUUGCGCUGAUAUCGCGGCAAUUUGUCAAGAAGCUGGCAUGCAAGCUGUGCGCCACAAUCGUUACGUCAUCCUGCCCAAAGACUUCGAAGCCGGCUGGAAAGACCAUGCCAAAAAGAAAGACCGUGACUUCGAUUUCUACG